ACCCGGAAGUGUUUCUAAAAGAGAAGCUGUGUGUGUGUGUGUGUGUGUGUGUGUGUAGAAUAUUUUUAUCUGAUUUUUAAGACGGAUUUUGACUAGAAAAUCUUUAGAAGCUGGAGCUCCAGGUCAGCUGAUGUUGUUGAGUGAUAUACAGAGCCGAAACCCUUUGUUUCCGGAGAGAUGUUACUGUGUGUUAGACUGACCGAGCUGACCGCACGGACUCUGCCGGUAUCACAACAACACUGUCCACUCUAACCACACAGAGUGGACUUCACUUAGCUGGGCACUUUAAUAUUUAUAAACGUUUUUACGGAUAUUGUUGAAUACGCGAUGGUUACUUCUGAUUGGACGAAUCCAUUGUUCCGUGACGACGCAAAUAAGCGCCGGGGGUGACGUCAGAGCUGCAGUGACCGGGAGGUGUGAGCACGGAUCACACCGAUGCGUCGAUGGAGAUGCGUGGCGCUACGGCAUACGCGCUGGUGGAGUCACGUGACCCGGGCAGUGGUCGUGUGUGUGCUGACUUUCGGCGUGUUCCUGCCCCUGUGUUGCCACCGCUGCCUUUACUCCUACUACUUCCUGAAGUCCUGGUACCUGGAGCAGAGGAGUGAAGAGGCCCUGAGGCGGAGCUAUGAGGAGGGGCAGGAGGCUCUCGCUUACUGGAGGGACAUGGUGGCGGGCGGAGCCGUGCAGGGGGACGUGUCUGAGGGACCGGAGCUUCUGGUGACGGUGGUGACGGCGCGCAGGAACGACGGAGUGCAGUAUCACUACCUUCUGCAGGUGAUGCGGCAGUUGGACAUCCUCCUGCGGGGGUGUGGCAGGGCGCCGUGCGCGGCCGUGCUGGUGUGUGACGUGGAAAGUGGUUUAGAGGGGAACGAGGACGCGGCGCUGGUGGAGAAGCGGUUCCGCGUGGUGAGGCAGGGGAAGGGCUCGAACCAGGACGUGAACGUGUUUGAGAAGGAGAAGAGAGAUUACGUGUGGUGUCUGCGUCAGAGCACGGAGGUGAUGAAGCCGAGGAAUCUGGUGGUGCUGGAGGACGACGCUCUGCCCUGCACUGACUUCUUCUCUGUGCUCCGUGAUUUACUUGGCCGCAGGUUCCUUUCGCACUCGCUGUACGUUAAACUUUAUCAUCCCGAACGGCUGCAGCGAUACUGGAACCCGGAGCCGUACCGGAUCCUGGAGUGGGUGGGGCUGGGCGUGUUCGGCUCGUCGAUGAGUCUUCUGUUCCUGGCCUUCUGCACUCGAUUCACUCUGCCCUUCUCUGUGCCACUCUUCCUCUUCCUGGUGGUCUACAUCAUGGCUGGGGCGGAGCUUAUAGGGCGUCACUACCUGUUGGAGCUGAGGCGCGUCUCCCCGCAGCUGUACGCCGUAUCUCCGGCCACCGAGUGCUGCACGCCCGCCAUGCUGUUCCCAGGGAACACGUCUUCCCGUGUCGCCGACCUGCUGGACGCCACCACGUGUAUGAGGGGAAACGGCAAGGACAUGGUGCUGUACCGGCAUGCGGACUCCGCCCACAGCCUCGAACCCAACGCCAUAUGGCACAUCGGGGCGUUUUCCUCCAUCAGAGCAAAUCCACCACGCCCAAAACUCCUUUAAUCCAUACAUCUGCCCCUGAGGGUCUAUGAGUCUCAAUCAGCUUAAAUCUGAAUCAGUCUGAAUCUGAAUUAAUACGAAUCAAUCUCAAUUAAUAUGAAUCAAUCUGAAUCAACCUGAA